GCCAAUCAGCGCCUAUGCCUAGGCUCCACCUUUCCGGCCGUCUCCAUGGCAGCGGGGUUGGGGGGGAGAGGGGUGUGGGGAAGGUUUAAGGCGGUGCGGAGGCCAUGGUGGGUGGUGGUUUUCCUUUUUGAAGCCGGCGAGGCUAAAGGGUGACAAAUCUGGGGCAAAUGACUGAAAAUGUCAUCCUAUUUGGCUCAGGAGGUUCACCUUGCUAGAAGACAUGAAGAGAUACUGUCUCAGAGAUCAGAACUGCUACAGCAGAUGGAGACUUAUCUAGGAGACAAAAAGACUAAAAAGACAUGGCAAACUCAAGCAGCUGAUGCAGCUCAUAAAAGGAAUGCAGCACUUUUAAAUGAUAUAGAAGCAGCAGAAAAAAAGCUGCAAGAAAGAGUGCAUUUACAUCCACAUCCUGAUACUGUUAAGUUAGAAACUCUCUAUUGGGCAUCAGUAAAAGAAUCUCUUCCCAAGUGGGAAGAUUUUCUUUUAGGAAGAGCAGAAGUUCCUAUUGGUUUUAAGAAAAUGAAAACUGCAAAACAGAACAUAAGCUACCCAGAAGAUUCACAAAAAUAAACACUCUAGUUUCAUUUUGCUUUGCAAUUUAUGGCUUAAGCAGGCAAGAUCAUCCAGAUCAGGCAACAGGAUAUCAUGUAAUGUAAAUCAUUGAAAUGAAAAUGAACUCUAUUGGGUAAUUUGCUUCCAUUGCCACGUUGUGUACACUUUAUUUUUAUGCUGUAUUAGGGCAGCAGUCCUCAAAGGGGCCUUUAGGAUCAAAAGUGAGAAAUGCUGGUGUGUAGAAACCCACCAAGGCAAUUGUUUUUUCAGUAUGAGAGGAGUUUUAGGUUAUUUUUAAUCCUCUGCUUCUACAUAUAAGUGUGACAAGUAAAGACAGAUUCAUGCAUUAUCUUUCUUCAGUGCAGUUAUCUGUGCUGUAUGCCUCUUUGUGCAUGAAGGAGAAAGGAGGAAUUUAUGGUUAACAGGAAAGGUGGGCAUCAGAGAAGCCUUGCUUUAGCACCAGGAGUCUGUGUGAAAACCUUCAGCAGAGCAGUUGUAGAAGGAACACCUUGAAUUUCCGCAUCUUGUUUUCCCUGAUUUUUGUCAUUGCCACUUUCAUCACUCCUACACCUCACUCCAGUCACCACUGCUGCUUUUCACGACCUCCUGCUGCCUGCUUUGUGUUUCCUGUCUGAUGACUGGGUACAGACAAGAGGAAGUAAACAGAUCUCUAGGGGUUUCUGCUACUUCUUGGCUGCUCUUGAUGCUGUUUUCUUCCUGUUGACGUAAUCUACAAGUGAGAACUUUUGCUUAGGCAUGAAAAGUUUGGAAGAAGCAAACUUAAAGGUAGCUGGCAGUGGCUGUAGAAGAAGCUGAGGAGAUAAUAGUUUAAUUUUCAACCAUUGAACAGUUCCUCAGCUUCCUCCUGCAGAGGUGCAGUGUGAGUGAGUUUUGACUGUGCAGUGGACUUAACUUGGUAUGAAAGUUUAAUUGUUCCAGUGCAGUGCUCUUGAAGCAUCAGUUCAGUGGAAGAUCCCUCCAGGUGUGGGACAUGGCCUGCAGAAAUUUAAUCCUUCCUCAGCAAAGGAAGCUUAGAAAAAGAAAAAUCUUUAAUUUUUUAAUUUUUUUUUUAUUAAGAACAUGGACUUGAGUAAAUAUAUUGUUAAAAUUUAAUCUCAUGCAACAACAACCACCCCCGACGUGAAAGUAGGAGAGAAAAAAAUCUGCCAGUGUUUGAGGAUAUGAAGAUGUAAUCAUUGCAGAUUUUGCUAGGCUACCAGUGGGCUGCUUUAUGCAGCUCCAUGAUCCAUAAAGCUAAAACUUACUAUUAAAAAUUACAUAUCUAUGUAGCAUAAAGAAUCACUGACACAGUAAAGUCAAAACUUCAGCUGUGGCAUAUAAUCGUAGUAUGUUUCCGAUGGUAAUAUUAAGGGUUCACUUAAAACUUUUACUAUUGAAGUGUCCAUUAAAGUGGUGAGUUUUUGCAGAAACUGCCAUCUUAGAAUUCUCCUGUUGAGUGGGUGUUGGUGUUUGUAACAAUAACGUUGUUUUCAUAAUAUGUGAUGGCAGAUUAGCACGCUUCUCUGCAGUGUUGUUAACAGUUGUAAUUAAGGAAUAAACAGUAAAGGGUGUCAGUCCGAUGACAAUUUCAUCUAUAGUGUCACAAUACAAAAUGUCACAAAAUAUUAGAACUGUUAUAUAACUACAAAAAUAUCAAAUUAGGCUUUCAUCUUACAAGCAGAGAAGUUAGAAAAAAACAAAACCUGGCAUAGAGACCGUUGCAAUUUUAUACCUACUCAGUGUUCUGUCACAGAGACAACUUGGUAAUACUGUCUUCUGUAACAUCACAGUGUGGUUCUCAAUCUGAUUUAGCGGGAAUGUCUAUGGUUCUUAGAAUUGCAGAGUUCACAUGUAAAAAGCAAAUAAUUGGAAGUUAUUUGCUUGAGCAGUUGAGCAGACAAGAAGGGAAAAGCUAUUACACAUGAUGCCCAGAAUGAGGGGAUGGGUGUGCAGUUAGUUGGUAACAAAAGACUAGGAUUCAUCCUGGUCUUUGCAUCCAAAGAGAAAUCACUUGAACUAAAAUCUGGCCCCAUAAUUACUUAUACAUGUGAAUAAUCUGGGUCUUUAUCUCUUUGGACUCCACCUAAAUGUGGGGACACAAUGCAGAUGCUCACUAUCUCCUGGCCCCUUUUGAUUUCCCUGGAAGGAAAGUGUGCACUAUGUGGCUGACUUGGCUGCUGGGUGGUGAGGAGUUUGUAGUGUGCUCUGACAGGUACCUGUGAGCAGUGUUAGCGUAGAUUCCAUGCUGCAGUUAGCUGCUCAGAGCAUGUUGCUGAUUAUUUUGUUGUUAUUGGGCAAAGAGAUUAAGAUGAAAAUGGAAUUACUUUUCUGCAGCAUAGCUUUAGAAGCAAUUGGACAACAAGUGCAUGGAAAACUAUAUUGGAACAUGUCCAGAAAAGGCAAAAAUGAAGAGAGACAUUUAAAGCAGGAGUGUGUAUAGGUGACUGCUCUCAGAGGUGAAGGCCUUCAUGCUGGCCUAAGGUCUGGGAUAUUUAUAUACAAAAAGGCAACUGUGCAUGCCUGAAGCAGUGCAACAGUGUAGGGGCAGCGCAGCAGGGAUGCUGAGGUGCAGGAGUGUGCAUUACUUGGUUUGGCACAGACCAUGGGGCAAGCAGUGGGAGGAAAGAGCUACACAGGAUCCCUGUUCUACUUUGAUCUUAGUGCACGGUUUAAUUGCUACAGCUGAGCUAGCUUGCCACUUGCCUUUCUAUAGAGACAAAUUGAGAAAGCAAAUGUUAAAUUAAGUGUGUUUAAAAAAAAACCCAAACCAAACUUCCCCUAAACUGUUUGAUACCAGUAUGGUUUAGUAUCAGCUUUAAAUGAGUUCUUUAAUAGGUAUUCUUUACCACAUCAAGGCUGUAACUUCUAUACAGUUAUGCCCUAUCUUAUCCCAAGCUUUUAUAUAAAGUAUACAUUAUAUAUGUUUUAUCAUAUAUAUAUGUAUCUUGUGUCAUUUUCUACACAUCUUAGGUAAAUAUUGGUGUCUUUUUUCCCUCAGAAGAUAGCCUCUUGCUCUACAUUCUUUACUUCCUGCUUGCCCUUUUGAGUUAAAAACGUAUGUAUACAUAAGCUACAAUGGUCCUAAGAGCCUGUUGCUGCUUUUGCUUUUCUGGUGGGUGGGGAAAAGCAAUUGAGAAAAGAGCGGUGAGGAAAACCAAAGAGUUUGUCUGCUUGUAAGUUAAUCUUUGGGUAUCUUACAAGAAGAAAUAAUUAAUCACCCUUUUUUAGGUUUAUGCACAGAUGAGUAACCACAGUACUAACCCAGGAGCACAGCCUGUUCACCCAUCUUGUCACCUCUCCCAUCACAUUCCCAAGCUUUUUACUUUCUCAGUUAUUCUGGCUGUGGGGGCAGUAGCAGAAGGCAUGUUACUUUUCCCUCAGAUGAGAGAUUUCUUACUCCGCAGAAUCUUUCUCAAGCCUAUUAAUUUAAUUUGAGAGUACAUAUGAAAUAAUAAGAUGGUUUAGACACAUGAUAUUUGACAUUUACUGUGGUAACCUCUUGUCUGCAUUUAUGAGGGGUCGUGUAGGGAGCUAGAUUUUAGGCUGAGCUUAAAGUUCUUCAUUUCUCUCUUUUUCACAUAUAGCAGGUCAGGGAUGUAGAUGCUCAGUUUGAGCUUGUUGGUACUGGAAAAAUUAGAAAACCAAAUUUGAAAUGGAAUGUACUUUUAGAGGUUACAUCUGAAAGAAAACAUUAUUUACUCCAUAAUGGUAAUUUUCAUAAUAUUUUAAUAGUUGUGUUCAGAUACAACGUGACCUUAAAUAUCACCCCAAAUGCAAGCUGUUUUAACAUAUUUGUAAUGCAGAAGUCUUCAUUACUGUAAUAUUCUGUUUGCUCAAGGAUUAUAAUCCGCUGUGUUACAGUCCAAAUAAAGCUUUGAUCCUAUA